AUGGUAUGUCAGUGGAAAUCUAUUAUUGAUGUCAUUGCCCACCCUCUUAGUGUGGUGUUGAAUGCAUGCCUUAGCAAAGGAUAUAUCCCCACAGCCUUAAAACUGGCUAGAACAGUGCCUAUCUUCAAGAAGGGUGACCCUACAGCCCUGAAAAGCUACAGGCCAAUUUCUAUUAUUCCCGCACUGGCCAAGAUCUUUGAAGCCUUUAUGAAGAUUCAACUAAUGGACCAUUUCGAGAGCAAUAACCUAUUUUCAAGUGUGCAGCAUGGUUUCAGGCGCAGUAAAUCAACAGUCACAGCUGUUUCCAAGCUGGUGGGUGACAUACUAGAUUUUUUUGAAGAGGGGGACUCAGUGGCGUUGGCUCUGGCAGACCUGAGUAAGGCGUUUGAGUUUGUCCCUCAUGAUAUUCUGCUGGAGUAA